AUGUUCCAAAAGCUUUCAGAUCUACAAACCAAAUCAAAAACAGGAAUUUACUUAUUCUGGUGUAAACUUCUGUUGGCUUUCUUGCACAUAAUUACAUUCGGAUUUAGUAUUUACGGUAUUAUUGUCACAUCAAAAAGUAUAUGGAAAAGUAUCAUCGGAUCUGGGUUGCUUGCACUCUCAGUAAUAACAAUGCUGUUAUCAAUAAGUGCUUUUGUAUUGAUUUUAAUCGGAUUAAUUGGAAUCAAUAUGAAAGGAAAGAAAAUUAUUUUUAUUAUAUAUAUUGUCAUUGUCGUAUUUGAUUUAAUUAUUAACUAUAUAAUCCUAGGAAAUACUACAGAAAGCGAAUAUCUUUCAGAUUACGUUGCCAUUGUAGAACAUUGCGAACAAAUGCUACAAACAAACAAAAGUACAGCAACUGAAUUGUUCUGCUGGGAUAAUCCUACAACAUGGAGUCUGAAGCAAUACACAAGAUAUCGUACAUUAACAUUAUAUGACAUUUUUGCAGGAGUUUCUGCUCCAACUACGAUUUUAAUUGUUGCCUUCAUAAUACUAGUUUUUUUGCAGCCUGAUGCCUUUGAUCCAAAGUCUCCUGAUAGUCAACCUCUAGAUCCACAAUCUAAUGAUCCAAAUGCUCAAAACAUUGCAGAUCCCGAGAAUCCAGAUGCUCAAAAUCAAAAUGAUAAUAAUAAAGCUCCUAAAUCACAAGAUAAUAAAGCAAUUUCGCCUCCCCCAGAAAAUCCUCCAAAGGCUACAGCAAACAAUGCUAAUAAAGAGCCACAAAAGGACACCAAACCAGAACAAAAUAAUACGAAGCCACCUGCUCAAAAUCAAAAUGCGAACCCGCCGCCUAAACAGCAGCAGCCACCAGAUGAAGAGCCUCAUGAAUAUGAGUACGAGUAUAUUGAAGAAGAAGAUUUUGAAGAAGAGGAAGAUGAAUUUGUUCCUCAAUAA